GUUUGGAUAUUGAUGUUGGAAGAAAAUUAUUAAGUCGAUAUGGAAUUUAUUUAAUUUUGGGCCUUAUUGAACCAACAUCAUAUGGACCACCAGAAAUCUUUGGACGACUUUUAAGUAUGUUAUUUCUUUGGUUUCAUUCAACUGUUCGUUUACCAGGAAAUGAAAUUGGAAGUGUCUUAGGCAAAUUAAAAUCUGAAUAUGUUAUUCCAUGGCUUAAAUCAGUUGUCAAAGAACAUUAUGAAUUAGUUAUUGCUUUACUUCUUCCACAUCCAAUUGAAUAUGCAAAAGUUGGUGGUGUUUGGGAAACUAUGGCUAAUCGUACAUCACAAGUUAGUGAAUGUCUUAAUAAAUUAUAUGAUUUAAUGCCGGAUGGAAUAAUUACAUAUGAAAUUUGGGACUACAUAAUGCCAUAUUGGAUGGAAGCAAUUCGACUUGAAGUACCUGAAAAUGAUUUAACUGAUUUAAAUUUACUCUUUCGAAAAAUGUUUGAUCCAGAUCCCGAUAUGUCUCCAUCAUCAUUAACUCGUGAUCAAUUAUAUAAUUUUAUUACUGAUCGUUUUCAAUCACCUGCACCUGCUAGUGUUCAAGAACAAGCUUUACAAUGGUUACAAAUUUUAUGUUUAAUCGAUAUAUAUAUACCAGUUCCAUUACUUGUUCAAAUAUUUAUUACUGGUAUAAAUUCAUUACAAAAACUUGAAUCACGUGCACAACGUCGUGAACAUUAUACAAUGGCUGGUUCAUCAUCGAAUGAACAAUCAAUUGAUAACGGGUUAAAUUUAAUGAUGUUAUCACAAGAUGAUGGAAAUGUUACUAAUCCUACAAG